GCGUGCAGUUUGCAGACUGGCCUUUGCCUUGAAAAAGUAUUUCUGGUUCCCAAUUCUACUGUCCUCGCAGCCCCGGCCCGCACACAGCAUCAUGGCCCAGCUGCCGCCCGACGUUGAGGAGGACGAUUGUCUUCCCGAAUAUCACCACCUUUUCUGCCCGGACCUUCUCAAGGACAAAGUGGCCUUUAUCACAGGCGGUGGCUCUGGGAUUGGCUUCCGGAUCGCUGAGAUUUUCAUGAGGCAUGGCUGUCAUACUGUCAUCGUCAGCAGGAGUCUGCCGAGAGUAUCCACGGCUGCUGAAAAGUUGGUUGCUGCCACCGGGAAGCGGUGCCUCCCUCUAUCUGUGGAUGUCCGAGUUCCCCCAGAUGUCAUGGCUGCUGUAGAUCAGGCACUGAAAGAGUUUGGCAAAAUUGACAUCCUCAUUAACUGUGCAGCUGGAAACUUCCUGUGCCCUGCCAGUGCUUUGUCUUUCAACGCCUUUAAGACUGUGGUUGACAUCGACACCAUUGGCACCUUCAACGUGUCUCGUGUGCUUUAUGAGAAGUUCUUCCGGGACCAUGGAGGAGUGAUCGUGAACAUUACCGCCACCCUGAGUAUGCGGGGGCAGGUGCUGCAGGUCCAUGCAGGCACUGCCAAGGCAGCUGUGGAUGCUAUGACAAGACACAUGGCCGUGGAGUGGGGUCCCCAGAAUAUCCGUGUCAACAGCCUGGCUCCCGGUCCCAUCACUGGCACUGAGGGGAUCCGGAGACUAGGAGGCCCCCAGGCCAGUCUGAGAUUAAAGUGUCUUUCAAGCCCUCUUCAAAGACCUGGAAACAAGACCGAGAUCGCCCACAGCGUGCUGUACCUGGCCAGCCCUCUGGCUUCCUACGUCACAGGGAUUUUGUUGGUGGUUGAUGGUGGCAGCUGGAUGACAAUUCCGAAUAAUGUCAAUCAACUGGUAGAGUCUGAAACCUUCUCUGCUAAGCUCUAGGUGAGGCACUGUUCCCACUUCUUGGGGUUCCCAUGUCCUUGGAUGCCCCAUCUUUUACUCUGCCAGGUGCAGCUAUGAACUACAACUACGGGCCAUGUUUUCUCAGAACCAGUCCUCCCCCUGUCCUGGCACAGAGGGCCCUGCCUGGUAGGGCUGUGAAGGACGGAGGCUUUUGACAGUGGGUUUUUCCCAGUGACCUUUGCCUCCUCCCUAUUGGAAGGAUACUGCCCUGAAUUUUCAGUCUUCUGCCUUAGGCUCUGGAG